UAUCGACUAGCACGCACAUCAUUCAUAGUGCUAUACAAUAAAACAACACAUAAAUUUUAUAGAAUAACAAUAUCACGUAAAAUGACUCAACGAAAUAGGUUGCCACAGUUCGAUCUAUAUCACUAUGAACGUCCAGCUACGGUGUCGCGAUUUGAUUCAAUUCGUCAGUCUUUAGUUAACGAACUAAUAGCAAAAAAUUAUAGUGACUUUUCUGGUUUAACAUCAAAGGAACUUUCUCAAUUUAUUGGUCAAUUUCAAAAGUUCCAAGAAGAAGCUUUAGGUCGUAAUGCACCACGAACAAAUACUCCUCACCCCACAAAGAUUCCAGCAAAAUUAUUUAAAUUAGAUCCUGCACUCACCACAAAAUCUCCUGUUUUCCAUAUUCUCCGCGCUGCUUAUGAAUUUCGUGCAUCAAAAAAAUGGAGAAGGUGGGACUGGAAUAAUAUGAAAGAAAUGGUUGAAAUGGUAUCACAUGUAAGAGAUUAUUUGAUUGAGGAAGGGAUCAUUAAGAAUCCUAUAGUUAAGUUGGGAGAGUCAGUUGAGGGUAUAAGGAGACAAGAAUUAAUUGAGCAAGUUAAUUUGUUAAGAGGACAAAUAACUCAUGAUAAAGAAAGUGCAACGCAUGUUAUUCAUUAUACAAAUGAUAACGAUGAUACAGACGAAGAAUGGUUUAGAACUUUGGAAAAAAAAUCUGGUAGAGUGCUUGUACACUGGUGGUAUUAUCCAGAUUCUUAUGAUAUGUGGUUGGAGGAAACUGCGGAGCACGCUGAUCCAGAACCAAUGCCUGAACACAAAGGACCGUGGAAUGUUAGUGAACGCUGGCUCACGGAUAGUGUUAUGUUUAAUGAAUGGAUGAACGAAGAAGACUAUGAAAUUUCGGAUACGUCAGACUUUAGAAGGAUACCUGCUGGUGAAGACCAAUCCGGUAUUUCAGAGUCUGAAAUUUUACCGGUUCAUAAACGUAAUUUAGAUUCAAUGGAUUCUCCCUUGCAAAUGGAUAUUGAUGCAAGACCAACUGUAGGUGCUAAACGUGCAAGAAUAAGAUCUCCUGAACGUGACCCCUUACCCGAACACUCGAGCGUGUCUCUUGUUGACAUAGAAAUGGAAGCAAAUCGCGUAGGUGGUCGUUCAAAAAAGAACGAACUUGAUCCUAUUACUGGUGGAGAAAUUGCCAACAUUUCUCAAUCAAUCCCCGUUGACACUCGUAUCGAAGCUCCACAGGAUUUUGGUGAAGAUACUGAAGCUAUAGAAGAUAAUACGGAAAUGGAUAAUAUAACCUCAGAUUUGAAUGACAUACGUAUACCCAAUGAUAACCACAUUGUAAAAGAAGUUGAUGAAGACGAACAUAUGGGAACCCCAGAAGACACCACUAAGCAGCAAGAUGAUGCUAUUAAUGACACUUUACCUGAAUCUGUGCUUCCUUCAGAUGUGGUUGCCGCAAAUGCUGAAGAAGAAAAGAAACGAAUUGAAGAAGAAGCUCGUAAAUAUUUAUCCCAACAAACACAAGAAAUUAUAAUUCCUUCUUAUGCUGCAUGGUUCGAUAUGGCAAAAAUUCAUAGUAUAGAACAAAAAUCUUUGCCCGAAUUUUUUAAUAAUAGGAAUAAAUCUAAAACUCCGAGUAUUUAUAAAGAAUAUAGGGAUUUUAUAAUAAAUACAUAUCGUCUAAAUCCUGGUGAAUAUUUAACAGUUACAGCGUGUCGAAGGAAUUUAGCUGGAGAUGUCUGUGCUAUUAUUCGAAUUCAUGCUUUUUUGGAACAAUGGGGUUUAAUUAAUUAUCAAGUUGAUCCAGAUACUCGACCUUCAUCUGUCGGGCCACCUUUUACUGGGCAUUUCCGGAUUUCAGCAGAUACUCCAAGAGGUCUUCAACCCUUUCAACCAUCUACCACAUCCUUACCAGCAUCAAAUUCUUCUGUUGCUUCUGCCGCCGCUAAUGCUAGUGCUUCUGAUACUUCUAUAAAUGUCAAAAUGGAAAGACCGAUUAGUAUACGUCAAAAUAUAUAUCAAUCAACAAUAAACAUCGACGUAGGCUCGCAAAUUUCUCAAGAUGACAAUGCAAGUGUCGGAGUUGACGGAGGAGUAACCGAACCACGUCAAUACAAUUGUGAUACUUGUGGAGUCGAUUGUACUCGUGUGCGUUAUCAUAGCCUGAAAACUCCGAACGUCGAACUAUGUUCGAAUUGUUAUUUAGAAGGAAGAUAUCCUACUACGAUGUACAGUGGAGACUUUUUGAAAAUGGAUGAUACACCAUUUAAGCAUGCUCAAGAUGAUGAUUGGUCAGAUCAAGAGAAGUAUGCACUCCUUGAAGGUGUUGAAAUGUUCGAGGAUGACUGGCAUAAGAUUGCUGAACACGUCGGAACACGUACAAGAGAACAAUGUAUUUUACAAUUUUUAGAAUUUCCGAUUGAGGAUCCUCUUAGUAAUGUUAAAAUGUCAGAUUUGGGCCCAUUACAAUAUCAGCGUAUACCAUUUAGUCAAGCAGAUAAUCCUAUUAUGUCAGUGGUAGCAUUCUUAGCUUCUGUCGUUAAUCCCGGUGUAGCGGCUGCAGCUGCCAAAUCAGCAUUAAAGGAAUUAUCGUCACCAAAAAAUUCUGAUAAGUCUAAAGAGAUUAAUGGAAUCAAUGGAAAAGCUGAGCCCGCAGAAACUUCUGGAAGUACUCCGCCUAUUGAAAUUAAACAAGAAGAUGUCAUGGACACAGAAGAAGGAACAAGUGAUUCGAAAUUGGAAGCAGCACAGUCUUCUAAUACAGCAACAGCAACAGCAACAGCAACAGCAACAGCAGCAACAACCACAGCAACAGCAACAACCACAGCAACAGAAUCAGCUACUGAUACAACUGUUGAUCGACCAAAAUUAUUAGAGAGAGCUGGUGCUACAGCAAUGGGAUCCGCAGCUGCUAAAGCUAAAGUUCUCGCGGAUUAUGAAGAACGAGAAAUACAGCGCCUAGUUAAUGCUGUCAUUGAAAAUCAAUUAAAAAAGCUUGAACUUAAGCUUCAACAAUUUGAGGAAUUAGAAAUUGUACUUGAAAAUGAGAAAAAGGAUCUAGAGAAACAACGACAGUUAUUAUUCAACGAAAGAUUGACACUUAAAAAGAAUAGUUUGGCUAUGCAGGAACAGUUGAGGCAUUCACAAGCUAGUGGGUCAAAGCAACCAUUAAGUGGUGGUUUUUUUAACUCAAAUGGUAAUACUCGGAUUAUAACCAAUGCAGAAUAUCAACAGCAGCAAAUACAACAAAAUACGUCCGUUAGGCCAUUGGGACAAGAAGAAGGAGACAAUGAUCCUGUUGUGAUGAAUCUUUAGGUUUGUAGAUCUUAUGAAAAUUCGACAUUACAAACCUAUAUGUCUAAAUUUUGCAUUUUUGGAAAGUGGGCAUAAUUUACCGUAUUUCUCAUUUUUUGUCUAUACUAAAACUUAUUAUAUUCACUAUAGAUUGCGUUUAUGCAUUCUCAUCCAUUCAUUAGUUAUUAUAAUUGCUUUUAAUUUGUUUUUUAGAACCUUUUUUUUUUAUAACUUAUCACAGAAAUUCGUAUGGAUAAAAUGUAUAUAAUGAAAAUAAAUAUAAUAUAAAAUU